GCACAGAACAGUCUGGGAACAGCUCCGCCCCCACCCCUCAGAUAUAAAUAGGGCCUCAGCGCCCAGCCAGAGAAAGAAGCCGCCCUUCUCGUGGGGACUGAAGCGGAAGAACAUUUCAGGUACGUGGAAUCGAGCUCCCCACUGGAGAUGACUCCUGCAAGUGUGAGCCUGAGGGCCACCGUCCUUUGUCUCCUGGCCUGCGCUGGCCUGGCUGCUGGUGACCGGGUGUACAUACACCCCUUCCACCUGCUCGUCUACAGCAAGAGCAGCUGUGACCAGCUGGAGAAGCCCACGGCAGAGGCGCCCAAGGACCCGACAUUCACACCGGUCCCGAUUCAGGCCAAGACAUCCCCAGUGGACGAGGAGGCCCUGUGGAAACAGCUGGUGCUGGCCGCCCAGGAGCUCGAGAGUGAAGACAAGGCGAGGGCGGCCGUGCUGGGGAUGCUGGUCAACUUCAUGGGCUUUCGCAUGUACAAGACGCUGAGCGAGACCUGGAGCGCGGCCAAAGGGGCUGUGCUCGCCCCACCGGCUCUCUUUGGCACCCUGGCCUCCUUCUACCUGGGAGCCUUGGACCCCACGGCCAACAGACUGCAGGCACUCCUGGGCAUGCCUGGGGAGGAUCAGAGCUGCACCUCCCGGCUGGACGGUCACAAGGUCCUCUCUACCCUGCAGACCAUCCAGGGCCUGCUGGUCGCCCAGGGUGGGGCGAGUGGCCAUCCCAGGCUGCUCCUGUCCACGGUGGUGGGUCUGUUCACGGCCCCCGGCCUGCGCCUGAAGCAGCCGUUUGUGCAGGGCCUGACUCUCUUCUCCCCGGUCACCCUCUCACGCUCUCUCGACUUGUCCACGGACCCAGAUCUCGCUGCUGAGAAGAUUACCAGGUUCAUGCAGGCUGUGACGGGGUGGAAGAUGAACAGCCCCCCAACGGGAAUCAGCCCUGACAGCACCCUGCUCUUCCACACCUACGUCCACUUCCAAGGACAGAUGAAGGGGUUCUCCCUGCUGCCGGGGCUCCGGGAAUUCUGGGUGGACAACACCACGUCAGUGUCCGUCCCCAUGCUCUCGGGCUCGGGCACAUUCCAGCACUGGAGUGACACCCAGAACAACCUCUCCAUGACCCGGGUGGACCUCAGCAAGAACGCCUGCCUGCUGCUCAUCCAGCCCCACCACGCCUCGGGCCUGCAAGCAGUGGAGGCCCUCACCUUCCAGCACGACUUCCUCACGUGGACAAAGCAGCUGUCUCCACGGGCCAUCCGCCUGACCAUGCCCCAGCUGGUGCUACGAGGCUCCUAUGACCUGCAGGACCUGCUGGCUCAGGCCAAGCUGCCCACCCUGCUGGGAACCGAGGCGAACCUGGGCAAAAUCAGUGAUGCCAACCUCAGCGUCGGACAGGUGCUCAACAGCGUCCUCCUUGAACUCAAAGCCGAGGACGGACAGCAGCCCACAGAGUCCGCCCAGCAGCCGGCUGGGCCUGAGGUCUUGGAGGUGACCCUCAACACCCCGUUCCUGUUUGCCAUCUAUGAGCGAGACUCCACGACCCUCCACUUCCUAGGCCGUGUGGCCAACCCACUGAGCGUGGUGUGAGGCCUGUCACCACGGGUGAGGGCAGCAGCACAUGGCAUUGCUCAUUUGUCACCACUGUCUCCACUUGUUGUCCGGAUGAGUCAGCGUGGAGCGGGAAAGAAGCCGGUUCUCCUGGGCCAGCGCGGCUGUGUAAAACGAGCCACAGAAGCUGGCCUCAGGGUUCCCGGGUUUCUCUUGGGGGACGUGGGGGCUGCUCAGGACAGCCUUUAGCCCAGGACGACUGUUCUGGAAAGUUUGCACAGACCAGCGUGUCUGUGAAACCAAAAAUUGUUUCCUUUCUAAGUGAGAGCAGACAUUGUGUUUUAAGUUAACAUACACACUUUUCAUUGUCCUGGGCUUGUCUUUAGCUUAUUGAAUCGAGCCUGUCACCUGCAUGCGGUCCCCACCACGCCUAAGCUUUUCCCGCUUUCUCACUAUUUCUUUCCCAUGAUACUUAUGAUUUUUGAAAAACACUAGAAUCUGAAUGUAUGUUAGAAUGUAAUAAAUAGCAUGUCUGAUUAUCCUGUGUUAUUAAUAAAUGUCUUACAACAAAAACCGAAAAAGAAAAA